CAGUCGCCAGAUGGCAUGGCACGAAAGGACGCGUUCCAAAACGCCAUCGCCUGUUGCGUUUCAAACGGUAUCUUCCAAAACGCUGCGUUUUGGCGCACCAGGAUCACCAUCAUCAGCCCAUCUUCUGCACCAAAAACCCUAGUGUACGGAACCUUAUUCUGUCCAAACUCACCUUCGAAAUCUGCGAGCUUGUGGAAAAUGUCGUCGUCUUCUUCCAGAGUUCUGAAGAACAUUCUCAGGCUAAAAUCUGGCCCGGUUUCUUCCUCUUCUUCUGCUUGUUCGUCGGGCUCCCCCGCCACUCGGUUCGCCGGCGGUCGAAUCGCUCCGUCCCAGCACCGCUCUAUCGCCACCACGACGCCUCUUCGUGGAUGGAUGGACUCGAUUAAAGGUGUCUUCACCGGAAAAAAGGAUACUCCUUUGGAAGAGUCCAAUCUAACCGCCGAAUCGUUCACUCUUCUUCGGUUCGCGGACGAGUUAAAGAACGCUAGAAGGUUGGGGAAAUUCAAGCAGUACAUAGUGGGUCGGAGCAGCGAGGCCACAUUUGCAGAUGCAUUCGAGAAACAAGAAGCCAUAAUCCGUUACCUCGGAGGUCUUGAUACUACAGGAGAGAAUCUCCAAACGGGUCAGAAGCAAGAAGCGGCUAAGCAGUGUAAUUGUACGGUAGCAGAUGUGGAGAAUGCACUUUCCAAGUUCACCUGGGCCAGGCAAGCUAACAAGAAGAUGACCGAGUUAAAAGAACAAGGGAAACCUUUACCAAAGAAUAUCGGCGAGUUGCAAAAGGUGAUGGGCUCAACACCGUUGGAUGUGGCGAGAUCUAAUCUGGCCAAAAGCGGGCAGAUAAGCCGCAAUGCUCUUUGUCCCUGCGGUUCCAAGAAGAGAUAUAAAAGAUGCUGCGGGAAGGAUUGAAAGAUUGAGGGUCGGCUGAUGAUUCAGAGCUCCAUGGAUAAUCAGCAAUGGCGGAUUUUGAUGCUCAAAGUCAAACACCGUCCAUCUUCUCUAAGAAUUUCGCUUCCUUUUGAUGAUUAUGCCAGCCUUUGACCAUUCAGACAGGAAGCUUCCAGCAUCCUGGAGAGAUGAAUUUUGGUCGACAUGAUGAAUAGAAUAAUCAAAAUCAUUGGUGGUUAAGGAUAUGAAAAUAUUUGUUCCUUUCUUCCUUAAUUAAGUGAGAGUGGGAUAAAAUUUGGCUACUCAUUUGUUU